AAAUCAAAUUAUAAAUUUUUAGCAUAAUUUUGGCUUUAAAGUAAAAAAUUACAAAAUGUCCUCUGAAAAACAGGAGCAAGAUAAAACAGGCGCACGAUCGUCAGCAGAAUCUGCUAAAAAAAGCAGAAAAAAGGAAGUCUUAACUACUGAUUAUGAUGAAGAAGUCGUGUUAGCUAGGGAAUGCCAGAGAAUGAGAUCAUUGACAUCAAUCCCUUGUAGAAAUAAGCCAACAAAUUCGGAAACCAGAAAAAAAGAAGUUUUAACAAAUGAUUCUGGCACUACGAGUGCAGAUGGUAACAGACAAAAAAUAUCAAUUGUGGAAACCAUUAAAAAAAGACCAAUGUCUGUACAUUAUGCUACCGAUGAACCAUCAGCAGUGAGCUCUAGAAAGAAUAAAGCAAAAUUUUUAAGUACUGAUACAAAACCGCUCACUGACAAAAUAGCGGCGGUUGAUCCUAAAAAGACUAAGCCUUCAAUUGUAGAAACCCUUAAAAAUAGUUUCAUGAAUUUGGAUAUCAGAAAAAUUAAGUCCUCAACUCUAGGUUGUGGUAAGGAUGAAUAUUUUGCCAGUGUAAAUAAUAUCACUGAUGAAUCUGGAAUAGAUGCGCUGCAAAAUGUUGACUCGAGAAAAAAUUCAACCGUAACUGCAAAUUACAGUAAAGGUGGGGCUAUUAUUGGUGAAUACAGUAAAAAUGAACAAUUAACAGGAGACUUCAGAAAAAUAAACGAACAGCCGUCAACUUCAUUUGAAACACUAGGUGAAAUGAAUGACAGAACGAAACAUAACGAAAGGGUGCAGGACCUAUUAAAGAAUGCAAUGAGUUUUUCUAGUACAAACGAAGAUUCAACCGAAUCCCAAGUUCAGCCUAACGGUUCAACAUUCAAGGAACGUUGUGCUGAAAUAUCCACGAUUUUUAAGCAAGUUUCGGAAAUAUACAUGAAUAAAAAUGAAACGGCAGAGGAACACAAUAAAUUAAGAGACUUGCAUAAUAUGUUGGCAGAGAGAUACAUAUCCAUGGCUUUAGCAACUGAGAACGAUGGCAUUCAUUUACACAAGAGUACUCUACAACAGAAAGUGGAAGAGAAAUAGGAAACCAUAACACAAUGGUUAGUCUUUCAAAACUAAUUUUAAUAAUUACAUAAUUUUAUACAGGGUCUUAUUUCUUUU